ACUCUCCCCCUGACACCCAUUUCCCUCUCAUCCGAUCUGAGAAAACCUUCCAAAGCCCUAACCAGUAAAAAUUCCUCCCCCAAGAAGCAGACCCAAAUCAUGUCUUCCUCGUCAGUUCUCCGCCUCAAAGACCGCGGCGGCGCUGGAGCCAAGAUCACCGCCCCAAAACCCUCCAAGCCCCUGACCCCCAUCUCCUCCACCAAACCCAUCACCAGUAAGGAAAAUCCGAACCCGAAGCUCGGAUCGCGAGUCUCCGCCCAGAAGCCCACGAUACGGCCCGUGCCCCGCAUCUCCGGUGAUGGCGCCAGCCGGUUUUCCACGUCGUCGGUGCCGAGGGGACGGAGCACCAGUCCCUUUGGCAGAUCUAAUUCGGUAGGUAAGAGAGACAGGGCUCCUACUAGGGUUUCGUUGGGUGGGCGCGAGGUGGAGAAGGAGAACCGGGUGCAGAGAAGUACUGUGGGUGUGAAAUCUAGUGAAGGUAGUGGAUAUGCUUCGAGGGUUUUGAGAAAAAACGGAGCUUGCGAAGAAUCGGAAGUGAAAGCUGGGGAUUUCAUCGGUUUAGGCACAAAGGCUGCUGCUAAACUGACCAAGCCAGAUGUUAAUGUCGAUAUUGUGGGGAAAUCCAGUGAAAGAUCUGAUUUUGAUUUGAGUAGGGAAACGAAAGAUGGUGUUCUGAUGAAGAAAUCGGAGGAGAAGCUGAUUACGUGCGAGAAACCAUCGAAUAGCUUGGGGAUUUCAGAUAAAUCAAAGGGGAAGGUAUCGAGUUUAGAAGGGGUAAAGAGUGAGGUGGGUGGCAAGAACCAGGGCAGGCUUCAUGAGAAGCUCGCAUUUUUAGAGGGGAAGGUGAAGAGGAUCGCUUCGGACAUAAAGAGGACCAAGGAGAUGUUGGACCUGAACAAUCCAGACGAAUCGAAAGUUAUACUUUCGGAUAUUCAGGAGAAGAUAUCAGGCAUCGAGAAGGCAAUGAGCCAUGCGACUGGUGAUUCAGAUGCCAAGAAUAGGGCCUCCCAAGAGGCUGCAAAUGAUAUUCAGGAGGGUGGGAAAUUGAUAGAGAAGGUUGAGGGUGUGGUUGAGAAUAGUUUGAAAGGCUCGGUUAAGGAUUUGAGCAGUGAGGAGCUGGAAGCAAGGCUUUUUCCUCACCAUAAAUUGCUGAGGAAUCGCACAACAUUGAAGGGAUCAAAGGUGGAAGAGAAGGUCGCACCAAAGGUGGAAGCAAAACCCCUGAACUUGGUCAAUCAAAACCCAAUAUCAUUGGAGGUUCGUGCCUUUUUGAGCGAGAAGCAAGGUAAGGUUACUGACCGAGACAGACAAUGUGGAGUCGAAACUCAUGACGUUCAAGAUAUGGAUAUCGUUUCAACCUCAGAGGCAGAAGAGAAAGCCUUUGACCAAAAGGAUGGGCUAGAAGUAGUUCUCACGACAGAUGAAACCCUCGAUGAGUUAGAUGAUCAGGAGAACAGAAAUGGCCUGAUGAUUGGUGAGAUGGACGAGGACACGUGUGUUUACCAGCUGAACGAGAUUGGCUGCAAGACUGCCACAGGAGGAUGGUUUGUCUCAGAGGGUGAGGCAGUUCUCCUUGUUCACAGUGAUGGGUCCUGUUCCUACUAUGAUGUUGCUAAUGGUGAGGAAAAGGCUGUAUACGAACCCUCUGUGACCGUCUCACCCAACAUAUGGAGAGACUGUUGGAUAGUUCGAGCUCCUGGUGCAGAUGGCUGCUCAGGAAGGUAUGUUGUCGCAGCCUCUGCCGGGAACAGUCUGGAGUCAGGUUUUUGCUCCUGGGAAUUCUACUCCAAGGAUGUCCGAGCUUUCCACAUGGAAGACAGCAGGCCUACUGCUCAAAGAACAGUUCUUGGGCCCUUACCCACCAACACAUCCUACAGAAGAAACGUCCUGUCAAAUACUGCAGCGGUCCCCGAGACCCAACAGUGGUGGUACCGGCCCUGUGGACCUCUCAUCAUCUCGACUGCAAGCUUUCAAAUGGGUGUUCGAGUCUAUGAUAUCCGUGAUGGAGAGCAGAUCAUGAAGUGGGAGAUGCAGAAGCCUGUGGUGGCUAUGGACUAUUCGAGUCCACUACAGUGGAGGAGCAGAGGGAAAGUAGUAGUAGCUGACAGCGAAGGGGUCUCUUUGUGGGAUGUAAAUUCUCUCCAUCCUCAAGCCCUGCUAGCUGUCGUGUCUUCUUCUGGGCGAAAGACAUCAGCUCUUCAUGUGAAUAAUACAGAUGCUGAAGUCGGUGGAGGAGUUAGGCAAAGGGUAAGCUCCUCAGAAGCUGAAGGGAAUGAUGGAGUGUUCUGCACCUCAGACUCCAUCGAAGUACUUGACUUUCGCCACCCUUCCGGUGUCGGCCUCAGGAUAAAAACUCGUGGCCUCAUCAGUGCAGACUCUGUCUUCUCUCGUGGUGAUUCCAUCUUCUUGGGGUGCGUGAACUCUAAGCCUGCUCUGAAAAAAUCAAGCUCCACGCAGCUGCAACAGUUUUCGCUGCGCAAGCAAGCCCUGGUAGGCACCUAUUCCCUGCCUGAUGAGUCCACGCACUCAAGUCACUCGGCGAUAACACAGGUGUGGGGUAACUCGAACCUCACCAUGGGCGUCAGCGGGCUUGGCUUGUUUGUCUUCGAUUCUGUUAAGGAUGACGCAUUGCAUCUCUUCAGCAGCAGUGCCGAUAAUUACGGAACGAAUCCUAAGGUCAGGGAAGUCAUCGGGCCAGAUGAUUUGUAUUACCCAUCAUUUGAUUACUCGUCAUCUCGUGCUCUGAUUAUAUCGAGAGACCGCCCUGCUCUUUGGAGGUACUUAUCUUGAUAGAUAGAUGUAUGAGAAGUGGUCAAAUGUAUGUUUUGUGAAUUAUAUGGUUUGAGACUGGAGUGUUGUCUAUUUAUGAUAUUUAAACUUAUUGUUACCAAUAUCUCUAGAAAAUGGAGGAAUGAUUAACGCAAGCUUCGUCGCCGAGUGAUGAAUUUUAAAAGUGAAUAGGAAAGGGAGACCACAUAUAUAUUGGAGA